CUCAGGUCGGUUUCUCUCACUAAGCUCUAGCUCUUCACUUAUCUCUCUAGAAUUAGCACUGACUUGAUCGUUGGAGUGCUAACGGGUGGCUCCAGCCCUCUAGGCGCUAGUUUUGCAGGGUCUGGGCGCCUGAGGUGAAGUGGAUAGGGCGGACAGGGUGCGCGUGGUGAGGUGAAGUAUCCGUGGUGAGGUGAAGUAUCCGGGCAUCAACAAUUGGCGCGCCAGAUAGGGAGCGCGGACCUGAGAGGGCGUAGGCAGAUGGAAGACCUGAAUGAGGGAAAUGCGAGCGCUGAUGACGCGAGAACGGAGGACUCCAGUCAUGAGGGUAGCGGGCAACGAUCUAGCCCAGUGGUGAGCAUGGAGGUAGAGGAAGAAAGCCGUGAGCGCCCAUCUGUAGAGAGUGACUCGUUGUCAAAGAGGGAGCUGUUUAAGAUCAUCGCGGACCAGGACAAGGCAAUAGCUAUGCUUCGGAGGGAAUUGGAAGGAGGGAGGAGCGCCGAUACGAGAGAAUAUAGCCCCCCGGUAAGGAAGCGUGAUAGGCUCGUGGAUGAUUCGAAAGUUAGUGAGUAUGGGCGCCCGUACUAUGAAGGGCAGCAUGUGGAAGUUACACCACCUAGGCGUCCGGCUGUGUGGAGAGCGCCUGGAGAGUUGGCCACCUCGGGGCCAGAAGAGCAAUUGCAAUGGACGCCUAGACGCCAGACCAGGCGCUUCGGGAUCAGGCAACCUCUAGCGCAGAGUGUCUUGAUGGAACCAGCGGGAACUACCCUCCCGCCUCUGACCAGCUAUGAUGGGGUCACUGACCCGGAGGAUAAUUUGAAUAGCUAUUUUACGAAGAUGCAGCUGUAUAAUAGCACGGACGCCACGCUGUGCAAGGUGUUCCCCUCGACGUUUGCGGGAGUAGUUUUAGACUGGUACCAUCAGUUAGAGGAAGGGCGCAUAGAGUGCUUUGAACAGUUCGCGGAAUUGUUCUUGUCCAAAUUUGCUAGCCGAAAGCGUCGGACACUGACUAGAGGCGCCUUGUUUAAAAUCAAGCAGAAGGACGGAGAGGCGCUUAGAGAGUUCUACGACCGGUGGAUUUCGGUCGCCAUGGCCGUGAAGGAUGUGCAACCGCCCGUCAUGGGUGUAUGUCUGGAGGAGUGCACGAAUAGUGAGGAGUUAUGCCGGGUGUUGUCCAAGAGGGCUGUAGUUUCAACGGAAGACUUGGACCGAAGGGUUCAGAAGGUUAUUGCCUUGGAGGAGACGUUGGCUGCAAGAAGAGCAGAGAAGAGGCGCGUGGGCAGGGAAGAGAUCGAAGUGCGCCAGAUUCCUAGGCCAUUUAUUGUGAACAAUGCGCCGCAGAGAAGAAUGGAGAGUCAGCGCCCUCUGCCCAGGAGUGCGGGAAAUUUUACGGAGUACAACGAUUCCUUAAAGAACAUUCUGCAAUACGUGAAGGAUAGAGGGUACCAUGUGCGUUGGCAGGGACCCAUGCGUGGGCAACCAAAUGAGCGAAAUCUUGACCGAUACUGCAACUUCCAUCGAGAUAAAGGGCACCAUACGGCCGAUUGCUACCAACUAAAAUCAGAGCUGCAGACUCUAUCCGAUCGAGGGAUGCUCAAUGACUUUAUAAAAAAAACAGACGAGCGGACUCACCGUGCUUAUGUCACAAGGGAAACAAGGCAGGCGCCUGGUGUUCCCAUCCUCCCCACGGUGCAACAGGCGCCUGAGGUUCACCCACCCCCACUUGAGAUACCCCCGCCUCCGUUCGAGGUGAAUCAAGAGGGAGAACCCAGCCGAGUUGGACUCACAGUGGAAUCCAUAACCGGUACAAUCGACUUGCGAGAUAAGUUGGAUCGUGCAAGGCGCCUCAGGUCCGCGUCGGUGGAGGCAAAGGCGGCGGUCCAAAUAUGCUUUAAUCAGGAGGCGGACGAGGCAUGUCAAGUGCCUUCGGAGGAGGCUUUGGAGAUACAGGGAAUCAUUGCAGGAUGCAAGGUCAAGAGGAUGUUGGUAGAUACGGGAAGCUCGAUGGAUGUAUUGUUCAAAAGCACAUUUGAGCGCAUGCAGUUAGCGCCAGAGUUGGUGAGCCCUUCUGAUUCAGUACUGAUAGGGUUCUCGGGGGCGCCUGCCCAUGUGAUAGGGCGUGUGCGUCUCCCGGUUACGUUGGGUGAUGGGACGCAUCGAGUAACACAUGCAGUGGAGUUUGGGAUAGUAGAUUGCCCCUCACCGUACAAUGUCAUACUAGGAAGGCCCCUUUUGGCGUUGUUCAAUGGGGUGGCCUCAACUUGUCACCAAACGUUGAAGUUUGUUGCCCCACAAGGCAUAGGAAUCUCAAGAGGAGAAAGCGUCCCCCGUUACGCGCGAGAGGAAGAAUGGAGGAAGAAAGGUGCCCGGAGGCACAGGGUGAACAACAUAGAUAUUCGCCCGGAGGAAGCACCUAGAGCAGAGCCUGUAGAUGAUGAGUUCAGUGUGUCGAUCGAUGAAGGGCGCCUCGACCGACAGGUACGGGUGUCAGCUCAGGCGUCGGAGCACAUGAGGGCGCCCUUGAUCAAUUUGUUAAGGGAAUUUGGGGAGCUUUUUGCGUGGAGCCCCCAGGACAUGCCGGGAGUGUCUCCAGACGUGGCGGCGCAUAGAUUGGCCGUCGAAGAGGGUAAGAGACCUGUUCAACAGAAGCGAAGAAAUUUGACUCAAGAGAAGGAAGAAGCCCUGCGGAAGGAGGUCGAUAAAUUGCUCGAGGCCGGAUUCGUUGAAGAGGCCAGGUAUAUCACUUGGCUGUCGAAUGUUGUGUUCGUCCUAAAGCCGUCGGGGGAUUGGAGGAUGUGCGUGGACUUCACCAACCUUAAUCGGGCGUGCCUAACGGACGCCUACCCAAUGCCGCGCAUUGAUCUGCUUGUGGACGCCACAGCCUAUCAUGAGGCGCUUAGCUUCCUUGACAUGUUUUCAGGGUAUCAUCAAAUUCCCAUGGUAGAGGAGGAUAGAGCAAAGACCGCCUUUAUGACCCCUUUUGGCAACUUCUGUUAUAGAGUGAUGGCAUUUGGUUUGAAGAAUGCAGGCGCCACUUAUCAGCGCAUGGUGAAUCAAAUCUUUCGUGGGCAGUUGGGAAGGAACGUCGAGGCCUAUGUCGACGAUUUGAUCGUGAAAAGCAAGCCUUGGGGCGUUUUUUUGGUAGAAGUAGAGCAAAGCGCCUGAAUGCGCCCGUAGUUAAGCGCCCUUUAGCGCCCGGGAUAUUUAAAGCGCCCGGAUAUAUAUUUAUGUAAAGCUCCCUUCAGCGCCCGGAAUUAUUUAUGUAAAGCGCCCUUCAGCGCCCGGGAUACUUAAAGCGCCCGGAAAUAGCGCCCCAAGGUUGUUUUUGAAAUCGGAAUAUAUAUAUAUACAUAGA